AGGAGACGGAGACGGACAGAAACAAAGAGACUUAUCCUGAUUUAGUCAGAAAAUGAAAACCGGCUGAGAUGUGAAGGGGGUCUGGUUUCUGGUGGAUCCGGAUUCUUCUUCUGUUUGCAGCAUCAGCGGCUCGUCAUGUCAGAGGAGGCUGCAGGAGCAGAGCGAGGCCCAGAGGAGGAGCAGGAGGAAAAGGAAGACGAGGAGGAGCAGAAGGAGGGAAGAGAAGGUGAAGAGGGAGGACGAGGACCGAUGGAUAUGCACAGAGGACCCGUCUACUGCAUCUGCAGGAAGCCAGACAUCAACUGCUUCAUGAUAGGGUGCGACAGCUGCACUGAGUGGUUUCAUGGCGACUGUGUUGGAGUUUCAGAAAAAGCAGCAAAAGCGAUCAGAGUCUGGUACUGUCCGUCCUGCAGAGACAAAGACUCGUCUCUGGAGAUUAAAUUCCGUCCGAAGAAGCUGAAGGAGGAGAAAGAGUCGGAGCCGGAGAGAGAGGACCGACCUGAUGGAGAGGGAGGCUGCCAGCCCAGGACGGACAGGAGGCGGGGCUCACAGAUCAAGCGUUCGGCUCGGAUGUGUGGCGAGUGCGACGCCUGUCUGCGGACCGAGGACUGCGCUCAGUGCGACUUCUGCAAAGACAUGAAAAAGUUCGGAGGACCGAACAAAAUCCGCCAAAAGUGUCGGCUGAGGCAGUGUGAGGUCCGAGCCCGGAAGAUGCUUCGUGUCAAAGACGAGGAGAUGAGUCGGAGCGGCACCAGGGGGCGGGGCCUGGCGAGGAAGGGGGCGGGGCAGCAGACGGAGGAGGAAGACGAGGACGAGGACGAGGAGGACGCCUUCAGCGAGAGCGAGCUGGAGCUGUACGAGCAGUACAAGGCCGCCGGAUACAGAGACCUGGUGUGGCAUAGCGAGGAGGAGGACGCUCACUCCGACUCUCUGAGGAAGAAGGCGGUGAAGGUGAAACACGUGAAGAGACGAGAGAAGAAGACGGAGAAGAAGAAGUCGUCCAUCUCCGUCUCCGUCUCCGUCCCCAGAGAGGAGGUGAAGCCGCGGCGCCAUAAGGCGAAGCAGCGCCACAGGGAGCGGGUACGUCACAGCGAGCGGGGGGGAGUGGGCGGGGCUAAGGAGGUGGGCGGGGCUAUGCGGCAGUGUCUGGGACCAGGAUGUAUCCAACCAGCGAGGAGCGGCUCCAAGUACUGCAGCGAAGACUGUGGAAUGAAGCUCGCCGCCAAUCGUAUCUAUGAGAUCCUGCCUCAGCGGAUCCAGCAGUGGCAGCAGAGUCCGUGCGUUGCCGAGGAGAUGGGGCGGAGACAGCUUGAGCGAAUCAGGAAGGAGCAGCAGGCGGCGAGGCUCCGCCUCCAGCUAAUGGAAAAACGCUUUCAUGAGCUUGAAGGAAUCAUCAACAAUGCCAAGCAGCAGCAGGUCCAGCACAGCGAGGAGGUGGCUGAAGGUGAUGGUGAUGAUACAGACCUGCAGAUCUUCUGUGUGUCCUGCAGUCAUCCAGUGAACCCGAAGGUGGCGCUGCGUCACAUGGAGCGCUGCUACGCCAAGUACGAGAGUCAGACAUCGUUUGGUUCCAUGUACCCAACACGAAUAGAGGGGGCCACCCGGCUCUUCUGUGACGUGUAUAACCCUCAGAGUAAGACGUACUGUAAACGUCUGCAGGUUCUGUGUCCUGAACACUCCAGAGACCCAAAGGUCCCAGCAGACGAAGUGUGUGGCUGUCCUCUGGUGAAGGACGUCUUUGAGCCGACUGGAGAGUUUUGUCGUCUUUCUAAGAGGAAAUGUAACAAACAUUACUGCUGGGAGAAACUCCGCCGUGCAGAGGUCGACCUGGAGAGAGUCCGCGUGUGGUACAAGCUGGAUGAGCUGUUUGAGCAGGAGAGGAAUCUGAGGACGGCGAUGACGAACCGAGCCGGUUUAUUGGCUCUGAUGCUGCACCAGACCAUCCAACACGACCCAAUCACUACAGACCUCCGCUCUGCCAAGGACAGGUAGACAGGUAGAGAGACAGAGAGACAAGCAGACAAACAGACAGGUAGACAGACAGGCAGGCAGGGAGACUGUUAGAGAGACAGGUAGACAGGCAGAGAGACAGACAGGCAGACAGACAGGUAGAAAGAUAGAGAGACAGAUAGAGAGACAGACAGACAGACAGAGAGACGGACAGACAGGUAUUCAACGUGUUUUUGUAUUUUAAACUUCGUCACUUUUCAUAGAAAUAAACAAACAAACGUUUCAUAAGAAAACUCAGAAAGUUUAAUUAUAAUUCUGAAUAAAUAAUCUGAUGCUGAUGAAGGUUAGAUGUAGAAGUGAUGUUAAGUGUUUACAUGCUGGUUAAUAAUGUGAAUAUUAUUAUUAUUAUAUAAUAAUAAUAAUAAUAAAGCUCAGUCAGGAUCUUUUCUCAGUAUUAAAUCUGCAGCGAUCUUUAAUGUUUUAUACGGUUUUAUUCUGAAGGACUACACUACCCAGAAUCCCUCGGUGCUGAGGUCAUCACUACACACGUGUUUAAUGUUCAUUAAAUCAAUAAGCAGCAAGAAAUAAACAAAUACUCAUCAGAUAUAUCUGAUCAUGAAAUAAAUACAGAGAAAACAUGGGCUCUUUAUUUAAUCCAGAACACAAAAUAAUAAAUAAAUGACUUGAUAAAUUAAUUAAAUUGCAUUCAUAAAUUAAUAUUUAUGUUUGAACACUUCUUUAUGUUUUUACCUUUGUAUUUAUUUAUUUUGUUCAUUUUAAAAUAUAUUAACAAAUUUAAAGUUGGGGGUUCAGAUGGAAAAUGUAAAGGGAAAAGAAUAAUUAAAUCAACAAAUAAAAAAAGGGGAAAGUAAAUAAAUGAAUAAAAAGGUAAAUAAUUGAAGAUGCAGAUAAAAACAUUUUAAUACAUUUAUUGAUGCCGAUAUUAAUUUGUCACAUUAUUUUAAAGCUUAUGAAUUAAUCUGUUGAGUCAUUUAUUUUUAAACUGUAUUUUUGUUUUGGCAGCUUCAUGUUUAAAACUUCUAUAAGAUAAUAAAUAAAAUCUUUGUUUCUUCUGGUUAUUAAUUUAUGAAAUAUUAAGCACUUGAAACUCGACCAGCAGCUGAAACUUUCAUAUGUUUCUGUAAACUCAUUUUAUAUCUCAGUGUUAUUGUUGUUUUAUAUUUUCUAUUAUUUGUUCAUGUUUUAUUAAACUGAUGUUUCAUUAAAAACUGAACAUGUUUUAUAA